UCUGUUCACUCCAGUUCAAUCGACUCAAUAAACCGUUUGUGCACCUCCUUCUGAAACACGUCAUCAGUGCAUUAUUUAUCCAUAUUCUAUAUUCUAUAUUCUAUAUUGUAUAUCUGUUUUCGAUUCGGUUCGAUUCGGUGCGGUGCGGCGCGUUGCGUUGCGGUUCGUUUAUUCGAUCCAAAUCGAUUGGGAAAUCGCUGUGGAGGUAAACACACGAAUAAAUUGAAAGCUGUGGGAUAAACAAAACAAAAACAGAAACAGACACAGAAAAAAGCAUCAACAGAUUCUUUCCCGAAAGAUCAGCCACAGAAGAGAAUGUCUCUGCCGAUGGCGCAGUACCUCGUCCUCUUCGCGGGAGCGGCGCUCCUUCUGCCCACCGCCUGGGGCUACCAGGAGGAGAUGCGGUAUCCCUGCGCCUUCAUCGACACCGCCAACAUUACGGGCAGCUUCGGGACGGACGGCUCGUAUGUCCACAACUGGACGGUGAUUCCCCGCAACCUGGUGGCCGCCUACGACUUUGUCAUCGAGAACGGCAUUCGAGUGCCGGCUGCCAAGCAUCUGCGGGGCUGUGUCUGCAAGCUGAAGCCCUGUGUUCGCUUCUGCUGCCCGGAAGGAGAGAUCUACGAUUUGGAGAGGAGACAGUGCCUGACCCCAUCCAUCGACCAUCAGCCUCCGCCCGGCCAGACCCACUUCGAGGUGCAGAUGCUGAAUGGCAGCCUCCAGGAGCUGGAACUACGCUCUCGCUUCAGCAUCUAUGUGGAUACGCCGUGUGGACACAUGAAACCAGUGACAAAAGGCUCCGAAUAUGUCCAUUGGACACUGCACGAGAAUGGCACUAUCGCCCAUCGUGGCCACAUCUUCUCCAAACACUAUUGCUACACGCCUCUCCUGCUGCACAACGCCUCCGCCUCCUCCUUUUCCUGGGACUGGCAGCCUCUGGUCUGUGCCCCCGAGAAGCUGCACUUUGUGCUGGGCGUCCGCGAGUGGACCUACGCCAUCUGUCUCUUGAUAUCCAUUAUAUCCAUGGUCAUUGUGCUGGUGGUGUACCUCAUGUGCUCGGAGAUGCGCAACAGCUUCUAUGGUGUGGCCAUCAAGGCCUACACCAUCUGCCUGAUUAUCGGAUAUGCCCUGCUCGGAUACCUCACGCUCCACAACCCGGCCACACUCUCCAAGGCAGCGUGUCGCAUCAUACCUAGCUUGACACUCAUGUAUCUGGUGCUGUCCUUCUACAUCCUGAGCUUUGUUUCCUUCAAGCUCUACCUGAGCUUCCACGGCGUCGUCUUCACGAAGCUCAUGUUCUGGCUGAUCUUCACACCGAUCGUCCUGAUCGCCAUUGGAUGGUCCUUCUUUGUGGGCUUCAGUCACUACGGCUCGCGACUGGUGUUUGGCGGCGACACUUGCUGGUUCGAUCCUCGCAACUGGAGCAUUAUGGUGUACCUGUUCGCCCCAGUUUUUGUGGCCUGUGCCAUCAGCGGUUUCUUCUAUAUUCUCAGCCUCAUUUACAUCAGCGAACAGCCCGAAAUCGAGACGGAAAAGAGCUUCGAGUCGAUCGAGAAGAACCGCUUCAAGUCCUUCUGGAAGUACUUCGGCUACACGGCCCUCGUGUGGCUCGUGUGCGUCUGCUCCUUCGCAUUCAACUACUACCGGGGGGAGCGUUCGCUGCACAACUAUGCCGUUUGCUUCUGCAUGGCCUUCCAUGGGUUCGCGGCACUCUAUGCGCUGAUCGGCAAGAACCAGCAGAUCCAGAACUUCCUGCGACGCAUCGAUAACGAUGAGGAUACCUGCGAGAACUCUGUGCCUUUGUCCAGUUUUUGAGGCGAAUCUCACUGGAAAUUAAUUCUUAGUUUGAUAUUCUUAAGACGUUUGUGUACCCAUUUUUUU